AAGACUACAGUGAAUGGUGAGGAGAGGCCAUCAGAUCCUACUGCUGCCCCUGGAAUGGAGCCCCAGGGAGCCCUACACUAACCUACCUUGGCUAGACUCACAGCUGCCUCCAGAAACUGAAGCAAAGGAUUGCCAAGGCAACCUCGCUCCUUGGACCUCAAUAGACACCAAAGGAACCAGGCCCAUCCCACCAGGACCAUGGUUGGACUUCAGCCAUCAGAAGUGCCUCCCACAACAGUUGUGAAGUUCCUGGGGGCCGGCACUGCCGCCUGUUUUGCUGACCUCCUCACCUUCCCCCUGGACACCGCCAAGGUCCGCCUGCAGAUCCAGGGGGAGAACCCAGGGAUUCAGAGUGUGCAGUACCGCGGCGUGCUGGGUACCAUCCUGACCAUGGUGCGCACCGAGGGUCCCCGCAGCCCCUACAGCGGGCUGGUUGCGGGCCUGCAUCGCCAGAUGAGCUUCGCCUCCAUUCGAAUUGGCCUCUACGACUCUGUCAAACAGUUCUAUACCCCCAAAGGAGCGGACCACUCCAGCAUCGCCAUCAGGAUUCUGGCAGGCUGCACCACGGGAGCCAUGGCGGUGACCUGUGCCCAGCCCACGGAUGUGGUGAAGGUCCGAUUUCAAGCCAUGAUACGUCUGGGAACCGGAGGAGAGAGGAAAUACAGAGGGACUAUGGAUGCCUACAGAACCAUCGCCAGGGAGGAAGGAGUCCGGGGCCUGUGGAAAGGGACAUGGCCCAACAUCACGAGAAACGCCAUUGUCAACUGUGCUGAGAUGGUGACCUACGACAUCAUCAAGGAGAAGCUGCUGGAGUCUCGCCUGUUCACUGACAACUUCCCCUGUCACUUCUUCUCCGCCUUUGGAGCCGGCUUCUGUGCCACAGUGGUGGCCUCUCCGGUGGAUGUGGUAAAGACCAGAUACAUGAAUGCUCCCCCGGGCAGGUACCGCAGCCCUCUACACUGUAUGCUGAAGAUGGUGGCUCAGGAGGGCCCCACGGCCUUCUACAAAGGAUUUAUGCCCUCCUUUCUGCGUUUGGGAGCCUGGAACGUGAUGAUGUUUGUAACCUACGAGCAGCUGAAACGGGCCUUGAUGAAAAUCCAGGUAUUACGAGAAUCUCCAUUUUGAACAAGGCAAGAGGGCCUCUUGGCUUUCCUCAUAAAAGGCUGCCUAGAAGAGAAUGAAACCGCGGCUCUCUGCCCAGCGGACCCAGUGGACCGAGGGGACCGAGCAGACCCAGCUGACCCAGAGGACCCAGCUGACCCAGAGGACCCAGGCCCACACACAUUACAGAGCUCUACACUCGUUGCUGAUUCAAGAAACUGAACUAAAAGUGGAGGAAAGUUUUAGAUUUCCGUGUUUUGUCCUAAAACACCUUUGUUUUGCACUGACCUGAUGGGAAUUAAAUUAUAUUAAUUUUUAAAGCCCUUCUUGUUGGAUGCCUAACAUUUAGGCAAAAGAAAAUCCUAUUCCUUUGGACGAAAGGGAGGUUUGCCAACUCCCCUGAAUUGCAGGAUUAGACGAUGAAUAAGGAACCGGAAAAGGGGGCUAGAGAGAUGGCUCAGAGGUUAAGAGCACCGACUGCUCU